AGAGAACGACCAGGUGCCAAUCGCAGACAUGAUGGGUGAAUGUAUGCAGUAGUGUAUUGAAGAAGUGUCGAAGUUGAGGAAACCUGUGUCGAUGUCGUUACUCCACGUUCAGCCUCUGCCUUUUGUACUAAUGGUCUCCUUCGCGCUUGUAGAACUUUGGAAGUCGUCAAGCGAGCAGCGGUUGGAGAAGCAUCUCAAGAGCUUGUGGGGAGCUCUUAAGUUUAAUGCACGUGGGAGGCGUCCUGGUUCGCAUGCACUGGCGCCUCGUCCACAUUGUCAAGCUUUGAUAUCCCGGACGUUAGUGAGGAUAAGGUUAAAGAGGCCGCCAAACCACGCCCAUGACUACGCGCGAGAUCCCUCUAAAACCGGCGAUGUGGUGCUUGGAAUAAGCGACACUAUCAACUUCCCAUCUUCAACCUACGUUUGGGGAAUUUCCAAUACGCCAACAUAUUUCACUGCACCUUCUAACGAGGAUGGGAGCAAAUGCGAGUCAGAUACUCAGGACCAGGAAGCGGGGAAGUGAGAAUCAGACGCGAUCCAGGGAGACAUGCCAGGGCUUCGGACGGAGGCGGCGCAAAUGCACGGGGUAGAUCAGGUUUCUUCGAGUGGUCUUAUGCGCAUCAAGUGUUCUUGUCCUCUCAGGCACUGCGUAGAUUUGGAAAGGGAGGGUAUAAUAUCACCUACACUAUGACCGUAGGCUUUCAUUCAUGCGGAUUCCAGCACGCCAAGAUCGUAUUUGGAAAUAUCGAUGACAACGACAUGCAUGAAGCUGGACAUCGUCGUCAUGAACACAUCCAGCCAGGGGAAACUGUAGCCACGACUCAGGGCCAAGUCUAGCUGACCGUUCAA